AACACCCAAAAGCAGAGACAGGCAAGCUUAUUGAGUGCGCUGUCUUUGUGUGCAAGAUUAUCUUUUGAGAUAUUUCAUCUUGAUGUGGGGUGUGUAUCAGUGAAAGUUCGCUGUUCUCUGACUUUUGUUCACUAUAAUGUUAUGCAGUUUGAAAUUCGUGGACCCAUUUUGUUGUUUAUUAUUAAGCUCAGUGAAUACAUUUUUCAGAUAGAACAACCAAUACACGUUUUCCACGAUGAAGAAUACAAAUCGAGAGGGUGGCACUACCCCUCCUACAACUUCAACAUCUCAGUCAUCUGGACUCCGUUCCUCAUAAAAGCAGCGAUUUUCGAGGACUUCAAUGGCGUCUCCACAUCGGCAGUUGAACUUCAUCUGGACAAGCUUUAUACAAACUGGACUAGUUUGUAUCCAAACUUGGAUUACAUGAUAAUAUCAACGGGGAAGUGGUUUCUCAAGACCGCAAUAUACUAUGAGAAUGGCCGAGCCGUGGGCUGCCAUAACUGUAAGAAAGAAGAGAUUUCCGAGAAGGGAUUCGAGUUUGCCUACAGGAAGACCCUGCAUAACGUGGUGAACUUCAUAGCAAAAUCUAAGCACAAAGGUCUGAUAUUUUUUCGCACAUCCACACCAGAUUAUUUUGAGAAUGGGGACUGGCAUAACGGUGGGACCUGUCGAAGAACGGCUCCUGUCAAAGAAGGUGAGAUCGAAUUGAAGGACCUGAACCGAAUUCUCCGUGAUAUCGAACUCAGCGAGUAUGAGAAGGCAUCAGCCGCCAUAGCUGCUAAAAACGGCGUGAAUCUAAAGCUUCUCGACUUCACUAAACUCUUGCUGACGAGGCCCGAUGGGCAUCCGGGUCCUUACCGGGAGUUUCAACCAUUUGCGAAGGACCAGAACGCCAAAGUCCAGAACGACUGCUUGCACUGGUGCUUGCCUGGGCCUAUCGACACUUGGAACGAUGUGAUAAUGGAAAUUGUGGCGAAUGCGAGUUGAAUCAGAGUAGCAAAACCCGAGUUUUAAUAGAUAGAAUUGGUGAGGUUGUAAACGCAUGCAACAGGGCGAUGCACGCUCCUCAGAAGGAGUUUGCAGUCUGGAUUUAUUGCUGAUGGUUUUUUUUAUACGUUUGAUGGACCUACUUAAGUCUGUCCGCCCAUGUUGGGCCAAAACCCGGCCCGUAAAUGAAGGACCCAUAGAAGAGUGCAAUUAUUGUAAAA